AUGAAACCUGCCGCUACAUUCGCGACAUUCCUGGCGCUGAGCAUGUUUGUUGCAACGGAUAGUGCGCCAAAUGCACCUGUACUUCGUAGCCUACGUAUGAACGCGGACAUACCCGCGGUCAAAGAAGAUACCGAUGAAAGCAGGAAGGACCACCACCAUCACCAUGUUAAGAAAGUCAAGAAAAUCGCGAUUCCUGUCCCUGUAGAGGUACCGCAGAUCAUUCCUGUUCCCGUCAGCAUCCCUUCUACAGUGGUGGCCAGCUCCGACACUGCCGUCGUUGACUCCACCACGAAUGUCGUCUCCAACAACGUCGCCGCCACCGAUGUUGUUGCCCCAGUUGCAUUAGGGACCAACGUGGCACCGGUACCUGGAGCUGCCACGCCAGCUCCGACGAGUGUAAAUGGACGUCCAGCCGCAGCUUCUGCGGCAACGGUGACCCGGCCAUCAAGAGCCACGCCAGCACCAACAAGAAGCUUUGCUAGUGUUGGUCCAUCUAGAUCGCAACAGCCAGGAGCUGCCUCAGCCGUCCCUCAGUCUGGUGACGUAGGUAUGGCCGGGGCUCCAUCGCCGCCAGGUUUCGGAAAUAACAACAAUGCGCUUGGAGCUGGACUCGGCGCUCCAGGUGCUGCUGGUGGACUUCUUGGAAACACCGGUGGGUUUGGCGGAAAUACCAUGGGCGCCCUCGGUGGUGGCUUCAACGGCGGUGGCAAUCGAAUGCCAGGUUUCGGUGGUCGUGGUGGUGGUUUUGCUGGUGGUAGUAAUAUGUUCGGUGGAGCUGGUGUUGGCAUGGGUGGCUUCAACGGGAAUGGUGCAAGUGGAUUCGGACAGCAGAUGGGGUUCGGUGCACAAGGUGGAAAUGGGUUUGUUGGGAUCGGAGGACAGGGUGCAAGGGGGAACUUUGGUCAGAGUGGCAACAAUGGGUUCAUCGGUGGCCAGACUGGAUUUGGAGGUGCCGGUACGGCUAGUGGCAAUGCGUUUGGUCGUGAAGGCUUUAAUCGCCGCGAGCGUCAGCGUCGUCGUUGA